AUGUGUCCAGAAGGGGAGGAUGUCGACGACAGUCAAAGCGAGCGCUCCAGUCGAAUCACUGCCGAUCCUGGCAUUGCUGACGACGAUUCGGCAUAUGGUGAUGAUGCCUCGACGGAAACAACUUCGAUAUCGUCGUGGAUAAGAGACUAUCGCAUUGAAAAUGGCCGGACAUACCACGCCUUCAAAGAUGGGAAAUACUGGGGCGCCAAUGACGAAGAAGCGAUCCAACACCAUGACAUCGGCCAUAACCUCUACCUCAAAACACUCCAAAACCGCCUCUUCCUUGCGCCCAUCGGCCCCGACCCGUCAGAAAUCCUUGACCUCGGCACCGGAAGCGGACUUUGGGCCAUAGAGGUCGCCGACAUGUACCCCUCCGCCAUUGUCACCGGCACCGACCUCUCCCCCAUCCAGCCUACCUGGGUGCCCCCGAAUGUACGCUUCGAGAUUGACGACAUGGAAUCCGAAUGGACAUUCGAGCCAAACACUUUCGACCUGAUCCAUAUCCGUGGCUUGCACGGCACCAUCGACGACUGGCCCACCUUGUACCAACAGUGCAUGCGAUGCUUGAAACCUGGUGGCUGGCUCGAGCAGGCAGAGUACUCUGCACAAUUCACCUCCGACGAUAACACUAUCCCGCCAGCUGGUGGGAUCGUUGUGUGGAACGCCGUCGGCCCGGAAUGCCACGCCAAACUCAACCGCGAGUUGCAGGUACUUGAAUCGAUGAGAGGACAUAUGAGCCGUGCUGGGUUUGAGUCCGUAACCGAGCAAAGAUAUAAGUGGCCGAUCGGGCCCUGGCCAAAAGAUCCGGCCUUGAAAGAGCUGGGCUCAUGGUGCAGAGCACAUAUCGAAACAGGAUUGGAGAAUUGGACAUUACGGCUGCUGACUAGUGUGCUGGGAUGGACGGCCGACGAGGUUAGGGUGCUGUGCGCGAAUGUCAGGGCCGAGAUACGGAAUCCAAAGGUUCACGCCAUUCAUCGGAUGAACGUGGUUUAUGCGAGAAAGCCUGGGGGCAACUAG